GGAGACAGUCAAAGCAAAACUCAGACACUCCGACACAGAGCGAAGACAAGGAUUUAACUCCACACAGAAGAGCGCGCGAUCGCAAACAGCUGACUGAAGGAUACUGGAGUGGCCUACAUUUUCGGAAGGAAGUUAUCAAGAAAACUGCUUUACAAACUAAACAAAAUCAAACAAUGGAGGACCCAUGUGCCAGGCAAUCGGAUUACUACGACCUGCUAUUAGCCAACUCCUCCUCGUGGAAUCAGAGCUGCGACUAUGCAAACCUGCUGGGGGCAGGCCAGCGAAUUGAGACCGGGGAUCGGGCCUACUUCACGGCCCGUGUGUUCAUCGGCGUGGCUCUGGUGUGCAUCAUGCUGGUCUGUGGAGUCGGAAACGUCCUGUUCAUCUUCACACUCGUCCGAUAUCGCAAGCUGAGGAAGGUCACCAACCUGCUCAUCGCAAACCUGGCCGUGUCGGACCUCAUCGUAGCGGUCGUGUGUUGCCCCUUCGAGAUGGAUUACUACGUGAUCCGGGAGCUGUCCUGGAGCUACGGGCAGCUGCUGUGCUCCGCCGUGAACUAUCUGCGCACAGUGUCGCUCUACGUGUCCACCAACGCCCUGCUGGCCAUCGCUGUGGACAGGUACCUGGUCAUCGUGUACCCGCUCAAGCCCCGGAUGACAUUGCAGACUGCCUGCUGUGUGCUGGCCGGCGUCUGGCUCUUCUCUCUCCUCGUCGCCCUGCCCUCUGCAUACUUCACCACCCAGACCAUGUUCGGCAGCUUCCAGGAGGCCCCGGGAGUGACCAACCACAAGAUCUACUGCGUCCAGAUCUGGACAGCGGACAAAGCCCUGCUCUACAAGUCUUACUUCCUCUUCCUGUUUGCUGUGGAGUUCCUGCUGCCCGUCGGGGCCAUGUCCUGCUGUUACAUCCGGAUCUGCCGGGAGCUGUGGUUCAAGGACCUCCCGGGGGUCCAGACAGAGCAGCUCAGGGGCCGCCUGAGGGCCAGGAGGAAGACCGUGCUGGUGUUGGUUGGGGUUCUGGUCACCUACGUUCUCUGCUGGGUUCCUUACUACGGCUACUCUCUGGUGCGGGAUUUUUUCCCCAGUGUCCUACUCAAGGUCACUCACUCGGUGUCCGUGUUCUACGUGGUGGAGUGCAUCGCGAUGAGCAACAGCCUGAUCAAUACCAUCUUCUUCAUCCUGGUGAAGAACAACACCGGGAAGUACGUCAAGAAGAUCCUCCUGCAGAGGUGGAAGUCCUCCCAAGAGACCGAUAGGAUAACCCUGGAAUGUCACUCCUCUCUCCCGCCUUGUUCAGAGUCAGUCGCUGUACAGACUCCCCGCUAGCAAGCCAGCACGGGACCAUCAGAUCUCGGGUGGUGAAGUUUUCCAAGCAUGACUACCAUCAAUGCCAAAAACAGAUGACCUAAAAUACUUGACAACAACCAUUGUCACCAUGAUUGACAGAAGCUAUGAAGUCCAAUGAACCAUCUGAACCUAUUUGACCUCCAGCACUGAUGGGUCAGUCCAGGAAGGAAUUAGUGACCCAAAAUAUUCAAAUUGUGGGACUACCAAAUAAACGGUUGGUUUUACUUGGUAGAAACUACCUUUUCGAGGCACAGGCACCAUCGAUGAUAUGUUGCCCAAUCAAAAUGGAUUUCAGAACAUUCCAGAAUGUUUUAUUUUGCCAUGUUUGCUGUCUCAUGUAGACUACCAACUGACAAAACUGGUAGGGACUGUUUCUCCUCAUCGCUCUACAGCGGACCCUGCUGGUCAGGCGUCCAGUGAGCUCAGAGUGGACACCUGCAGUGCUGGCCUUUGUCCUCCAGAGGUCGGUAGCUCGCUGAUAUCUGCUCUGGAGUUCCUGGGUGUAGAAGAGGAAGCUGGCUCGGUUGCCGCUGAACCUUCAGUUCCCCUGAGCUGUGUGGGGAAUUGUUGCAGUGAGAGGAGAAAUGAUUGGACAUUUCAAAUUGGGGAGAAAAUCAGGGGUAAAAUAAUUGGGCACACUAAAUACAUUUUUUUUUAAAUGUUAAGAUCCCAACAUCAUUUUUUUUUCUCAGUGUCCUUGUGGGUCACAGUCAGAUAGAAAUGUCACCCAUGACUAUGAAACACUCCAAAACACUGUGAUGAAUUUAGAAAUACUGAAAGAAACUUCAUAAGUUCAACGACAAACGUUUCGACUAGAAGUCUUACUCAGUGUCUAAACGUUAAAGUGUGUUGAAGACACUGAGAAAAACAUUUCGACCAGAAAUCCUUUCAUUGAGCUUACUAAGUUUCUUGUAGUGUUUCCAAGUAAGAAAUCUGAUCAGCUCUGCCAGCAGGUACAGAAUAAGCCUACAAUGAUAAAACUGUACAUAACAUUGCAAGUGCAUUAACUCUGUGUUAUUGACAAGUGAAAAGCCUUGUAAAUAUUCAGCCUAUUAAAAUCAUUAUUAAAAAUGA